CACAACUCUGUGCAGCGCUCCCCAUUCAUUUCCUGAGAGCUGCCUGCCUGUGCGCAGCAGCUGAGGCAGAAGGGGAGGGAGCUGCGCGUACACUCACACAUUCACACACACACGCACACACAUGCACACACACAUGCACACACACUCUCACACACGUCCAUACUCACGAUAGCAGAGGAGACGAGGAGAGGGAGAGGAGACCGUGGAAAGGAAAACAGUCUCCACGGCUCUGAAGCUUCUGACACAAGGCCGCCGAAGAGACAGGAUGUUAAUGCUUGACGGAAUGCCUGCAGUCCGAGUCAAAGCCGAGCCCCUGGAAUCGCAACAAGGGUCACCCAAAGUGCGGCCUUAUUCCGCGAUGGACGGCGUUCCCUUCUUCCUCAGCAGAGUGAAACCCGAACCUCCUGAAGACCUGCUCGCCCACGACCUGCACUUCCACACGCAGACUGAGCCGGUGGACCUGUCAAUCAACAAGCACCGCCCCUCAUCAUCCUCCACCACUACGUCAUCCUCCUCGCCGCUGCGAUCCGCCUUCUCGCCAUCCUCUCUGUCGUCGUCGUCCUCUUCGUCCUCGCCGUCGGUUAUCACCUCGGCGUCGUCGGUGCUCUCGCCGGGCCCUCUGGUGGCGCCCGGGAUGAGAGGUCAGCCAUAUUUGCACAUCCUGCACUCUGUGCCGCCGCCUCCGUCCAGCCCGCUGGGCCUGCAGGGCGCCGGAAAGCUGGGUGGGCGCGUACACCGCAUCCCGGUGGUGGUGCAGUCGCUGCCGCUCAUGUACACCACGGCCGUGCGUUCACCCUCCAGCCUCAACAACGCCAUCAUGCUACCUCUGCUGGACGACGCCAAGAGCCAGGGAAAAGCGCACAUGGAACUCAACGGCCUGUCUCCGCGUCACAUCAAGAGUGACAGCGAUGACGACGACCUGCCAAACGUAACGUUGGACAGCGUCAACGAGACCGGCUCCACGGCAUUGUCCAUAGCCCGAGCUGUACAAAAUUCAAUGUCACCGUUCAGUAUUGACAGCAUACGUCGCCCCCGGAGGUCGGAGUCGCCCGAUUCCAAAAAGCGGAGAAUCCACCGGUGCGAUUUUGAGGGCUGCAAUAAGGUUUACACCAAAAGCUCCCAUUUAAAAGCACAUCGAAGGACACAUACAGGAGAAAAGCCUUAUAAAUGCACCUGGGACGGCUGCACGUGGAAGUUCGCCCGCUCAGAUGAGCUGACCCGCCACUACCGGAAGCACACGGGCGUCAAGCCCUUCAAGUGCGCGGACUGCGACCGCAGCUUCUCUCGUUCGGACCACUUAGCCCUGCACCGGCGCCGACACAUGCUGGUGUGAGACAAGUGAGAAAUUAUCAGAAGGAAUGAUCCAGCACGCGCAGGGGAGCCGGAUCUCCCUGGGAAAUGUUCUUCAGCUGGCCUGGACACGCAGGAAAUAGAUGGCGCGGAAGAAGAAAGAAAACAGGGUCAAAUUGGGAUCCUCUCGGAAGGAACAGUCAGGAGCUUUUAUUGUCUUUUACAGCACUGUUUGGAAGUUUUUAACAUGGACUCUUUAAUCAGACAGGAGAGGAAAUUGCAAUUUUCAGAAUAUUUUUUGUCUUUAUAAUGUGAAAGACCCCAGAGUCUGGAGUUUUCUUUCUGCCAUUUUUUUUAAUGGUGAUGGAGCUCCAGAAGCAGACCGGAUUCGUCCGCAGAGGGCGCCACUUGAUCACGGAUGAAUUCCUCUGGCCUUUGAAUGAACCACCGGCAAGCCCAUUGAC